AGUUUAAAUGACCUUAGGACAAGCCAGGAAACAUUAUUCCGUAAUAUUGUCCGUUCAGAUGGCUUCACUGUCGAUUUUCUUUUCAGUAAGAAGAGAAAAUCAAAAGAAGAGAAAACCAUCGAAGACCAUCGGUUGACUUUGGAAGAUUUUGAAUAUGCCGAAAUCGAAUCUGGUUACAGGCCCUGCUUCAUUGAUCCCGGGAGAAAAGACGUCUUCACAGCAGCGAUCGGGCUGGAUGAUGAAAAGCACCAAGUGCGAAGAUGCUCUACCAAAGAGUACUAUCACAUAACUGGUAGCACCAGGUACUCUGCAAGGCUAGAGAAGAAGAAAGCGGACAAAAUCAAGGGCAUCGAAAGUGAUAUGCCAACUGCCAAGACAGGCUCCAAAGCCCAAUAUCACUGUUAUGCAGAAUACAUCCUACAGCACUUGGAAGUCUUGUUUUCUUUCUACGGUGAUGAUACUGCCAAAGAUCGAUUUCAUUUAUACCAAGGACGGAAACGUGCA